AUUCCUCACACUGCAGCUGCUCUAACGGGUGGGAGUUCAGACCCUGCUUCAGCUCUGUCCACUUUAAACUCCAGUGAUCAUAAAGGUACCACUUAGUGAGUGAACAUUUCUCCUCCAAAUGUGCCAGCAAGCGCUCCCCACUUCCCAUUCACAAAGUCAUCGAAAUCUCCACUUCCUUCAGAAAAUAGUGUCGUAUGGUAUGUGUGCUUAAUGGGUCAGUUCAAUGUGUUUUUCACCUCUGAGAUGCAUCUCCCGCAUAUUACCACGAAUAUUUGAUGACUUCAGAUGGUGUCUUCAAUGAUGCCCCAGGAACGAUUUACCAUGUAUCAAGACCUUUUUCGAGUAAAUAAAUUUAGAUCCAUACAUCUAUCACUCAAGUAUUCGCAUUGGUAAAGUGGUAAAGAAUGGGAGGAGCUGAGUCACAGAGCAAAGUCACAGGUCUGAUUGUUAUGAGAAAGUUUCUGUUCGUUGGUAUAGUUUUUGCUGCCUUGCUUCAUUUUAUGCUGCAUAUCUUCGUCCAAAAGAAAACAGUUUCUACAUUACCAACAGACUCUUUGAAAGAAUUCAAGACUUGCUACAAUGAAAAAUUUCGGUUAAUACUGAACAUGUCUGAAAUUGAGCCUUUUCUGUGUGAAAACUUUCGGAAACAGUCAUUGGAUCUUGGAACCAACAAGCUUGACCUUCCGUAUGGGACACGCAGGGGAGAGAGAUUUUUGGACCUGGCACUUAAGAAGCUUCCAAAAUGUAGCCUUCCAGACGAAAUUAAAAACAUCUCCUGCAAGAAAUGCAUUGUAGUGGGCAACGGGGGAGUACUUCGAAACAGCACUUUAGGAAAGAAAAUUGAUUCUUAUGAUGUAAUAAUAAGAAUGAAUGACGGACCUGUCCUUGGUUAUGAAGAGGACGUUGGCCAGAAAACCACUUUUAGACUCUGUUAUCCAGAGUCUAUCUUCUCUGAUACUUUGCACUAUGAUCCAAACACCACAGUGGUCCUUAUGAUGUUUAAACCACAUGAUGCAAAGUGGUUGGCAGAGUUAUUAAUGAACAGACGAGUGAGCACUUAUGGGUUUUGGAGGAAACCUGCUUUGAAUCUAAUCUACCAGCCGCAUCAGCUACGGGUACUUAACCCCUUCAUCAUGCGACAAGUUUCUAAAAAUAUAUUAAAUUUUCCUACUGUCUUUCCUAAGACUGAAAAACCAAAGCAUCCCACCACUGGAAUUAUUGCUAUCACACUAGCAUUCCACAUGUGCAACGAAGUACAUAUCGCAGGAUUUAAAUAUAAUUUGACGUCGUUGAAUAGUACACUUCAUUACUAUGGAAACGAUACCAUGUCUGUAAUGGCCCAGAAUGAAUAUCACAAUGUAUCCGCAGAGCAAAUGUUUCUCAGAGAACUUGUGGAUCAGCACACCAUUACAAAUUUAACGUAGAAAAAAAUAAACUUCAAGGAGAAGAAACUUUGUAUUUUUUAAAAAAAAAAAACAUUUUUGAAAAAAGAAAUAUUUUUUGGAAAAAUAAAACCAGCAAUUUUGUUUCGAGGUUAAAAACCAAACUAAA